AUGCACCCUUUUUGGGACUUGUCUCGCACCUUUUUUAUAUAUCUGUCUCUUAUUACACAAACCCGUUUUCAUUUUCGUCUUGAGGGCAGAAUCCGGUCUGACCUAUUUUUUGUGCUUCGCUUGGCAAAUACGAUAGGUAUCUGGGCAAUCGACAUAGCAAAGAAAUAUCCUCACGCAUAUGUGCUUGGGAUCGACCUAGCUCCUAUGCAACCCACCAAUCGACCUCCCAAUUGUGAAUUCCAAUCUCCACGGGACUUUGAGAGCCCCUGGCUUCUAGGCGAGAAUUCCUGGGAUUUUAUUCAUCUUCAGAUGGGUUGCGGGAGUGUUUCGAACUGGCCCAACUUGUACAGCAAGGUCUUUGCGCACUUGAAACCCGGAACCGGUUAUUUCGAACAGGUCGAAAUUGACUUCGAGCCCUUUACCGUCAAUGGCAUGCCAAACGAACAUCUCUCGGAAUGGUACCGGCAGCUGAAGGCUGCCACAGAUAAGGCUAUGCGGCCAAUUGCUUUCAAUCGCAGCAUGAAACACACUCUGAAGGAGGCUGGAUUUGUCGAUGUCAGGCAACAUGUGGAGGGAUUGCCACUCAACGAGUGGCCAGAGGACCCGUCUGACAAGUUGGUGGGAAAGUGGUACAAUCUUGCGUUCUCAGAGAGUGCACUGACGCUCUUGCAAGGACCACUUACUCGAAUAAGUGGAAUGUCUCUUGAUCGCAUCCAGGACUUGGCUGAUCAAGCGAUAACUCAGGCCUAUGACAAAAAUGUCCAGGCGUGGAAUCAUCUCCAGGUUUACACGGCGCGGAAACCAAGGUGA